AUGCGUGGGCUUGUGCUUUGCAGCUGUGGUGCUACGGGCCGGGUUCCCAGCAGUGUAAAUCUUCUGAAGAAGAUGGUGGAGUACAACAUCUUCGACUUCGUUUUUUGUUUCAGCGGCGUCUCCACCAUCGACUCUAUGGUUGUUCCUGCGCUGUCUCGGUUCGUCGAAAAUAUUUGCGUAUACGACAUGAAGCCGUGGGAGGCACUGGAGCGCUCGUUCGGGGAGGAUCGUCAUGCUCUUGAGGCAUCACCUGUUUUCCUGUGUUUCGCUGACAUGCGAUCCAAAGGUGACUCAUAUGAGCGAGUCACAGUAUCACGCAUGUUGGCCUACUCCAGUUUUGCCGAUUCUCGUCCAUGGGGACUAGACAUGUAUUGCUGCGAACACUGUGGCGGCCCAUCUCAAAAUAUCAGGUUCAACGCAUGCGGGCGGAAGUCAUACGGAAGCAAGUGGUUGCAAACGAAGAUGAAGUAUUAUUGCCGGCAGUGCAAGGUGUCGAAGCAAGCCAUUCCACCACCGGCUUGGGUUCACAGCUGUCGCUCGGACAACAUGUAUCGUGUGUGGUACGAAUGGCCACUAACCCAUGAACAACUUGCGAGCAUCGGUGUCCGUUACUGA